UGCAGACUACCUACUUUACAAAGUUACCGAUAGAUUUGGUUUCUUGCACCAAGAGGAGUUACCAGUCCAUGAUGCAGCAUCUGAGAAGCAAAAGCAGCUUGAAAUUGAAAGAACUACAAAAUGGCUGAAAAUGUUAAAAAGCUGGGAGAAAUACAAGAACACAGAUAAGUUUCACAGAAGAAUCUAUAAAGGAAUUCCACUACAGCUGAGAGGUGAGAUCUGGUCCUUGUUGCUCGAUGUCCCGAAAAUGAAAGAAGAAAUGAGAGAUUAUUAUAAUACUUUAAAAACUCGAGCAAGAGGGACCUCUCCAGAUAUCCGGCAAAUUGAUCUUGAUGUUAAUCGGACCUAUCGGGAUCAUAUAAUGUUCAGAGACAGAUAUGGAGUAAAGCAACAAUCUUUGUUCCAUGUCUUAGCUGCAUAUUCUGUUUAUAAUACGGAGGUUGGAUACUGUCAAGGGAUGAGCCACAUAACAGCAUUGCUCCUUAUGUACAUGAAUGAAGAAGAUGCUUUCUGGGCUCUGGUGAAACUGCUCUCGGGGCCCAAGCAUGCUAUGCAUGGUUUUUUUAUUCCUGGUUUUCCUAAGCUGUUGAGGUUUCAAGAACAUCAUGACAAAAUAAUGAAAAAAUUUUUGUCCAAGCUUAAGCAUCAUUUUGAUUCCCAGGAGGUCAACACCAGCUUUUAUACAAUGAAGUGGUUUUUCCAGUGUUUCCUUGACCGUACUCCCUUUAGGUUAACCCUCAGGAUCUGGGAUAUCUACAUACUUGAAGGAGAGCGAAUUCUUACUGCAAUGGCUUACACCAUUUUGAAACUGCACAGAAAACACCUGAUGAAAUUGCAGAUGGAAGAACUGGUCCAGUUUCUUCAAGAGACUCUUGCCAAAGAUUUCUUCUUUGAGGAUGAUUUUGUAAUAGAACAGCUCCAAAGCUCCAUGGCAGAACUGAAACGAGCAAAGAUGGACCUUCCAGUAGCGGAUGAAUACGGGAUUUUUCAUUUAUACGUUUGGAGAACUCACACCACCCGAUAUCGUGGACUUCCUGUUCGCUACUAUCCUCCAAGUGUCUCCUGGUAAAGAUGAUGAAUUUCCAAAGAAGUUGGGGAAAAUUCCACCUGACAUUCAACCUGCCAUGCUAAAUCUCACUCAU